CAAAAAUAAGAUACCAAGAAACUUAUGGACAUUGUGUCAAAUUAACUAAUAAUGUCUAAAAUAAGCAGAAUAAAAUCUUUCUUUCACCCCAUCUUCGUUUCUAAACCUUCACAUUCAACAAAAUCUUGAAGAGAGAGGAAGAUGGAUUCGGGACUAUCUUGGGCUGAUCAAUGGGAUUACAACUCUGAUCCUCCUCCAAAUUCAUCUAAAGACGACGAUAAGAAGAAGAAAAAGAAGGAAGACGCAAGCAAAAGCAGUUUGGGAAAGGCCUUCAAAUGGGUGAAAGAACUUCGCAAGAAAUCUGAUAAGUAAUCAUAUAUAGGGUUUAUUGUUCUAGUUCUUUUGUUUCGUGUGAUUAAUCCAUUAAGCGUUAUUUUCUCUUUUACCCAUUCUUCUAAUUGCAAUUGCCAAAUCUUUUAAAAAAUUUAAAAGUUAUGUUGGUUGUGGA